AAAACCCGGGACACCCUGUAUACACUAUCGCAUUUGUCAAGCGAUCGGGACGACAUUCGCCGGCCGCGAGCAACGCGUUUCGCAAUGCCGUUCGCAGAUCAGUCUACUCAUGUUUCGUUGGUACAUUUGCCGAAAACCUUUUCUGGAAUAUCGCAAAGCUGAACAUGCCUUAGCGCCAUCGCAUUCGCAUCGCUGAUUCAUACGUACGCAAGUGGCAACUUCAGGUCGUACUUCCCAUCUCGGCAAACGCGAAACCCGUCUCGAUGUGAUAAUAAAAAGCCGUUGCGUUGCUGGCUGAAGGUUGGAUGCUCUAUUUUUAUUGAACGACCACGUGCAAGCCCGGAUGUAAGAUUUUUUAUAGCAAACGCGCUCUCGAGCCUUCGUACCGUCCACGUUGCGCGCGCGAAUGCCAGCGAGCGUUUUCUUCGGGCGCGUGCGCAGGAUGAAGGACGCGCGCGCACACACGAAGGUUAUGACUUGUGUAAGAGAGAGAGGGAGAGAGGAGGAGCGAGCGACGAAAGUACGAAAAGUAGAAUAUCACGACGUCGCGACGGCACGAGACGAUGUAUCGAUGUAAACCAAAGCAACACCAGAGAAGAAACAAUAAAUCGCUGUACAAAUGCGCGACAUUUUUAUCUCGCAGUUCCCUGGAGCGGUCUCGAUCGAUCGCCAUCGAUCGAAUCUUGAUCGAAAGAGGAAGAGAUCGCCCCUCAAGGGCGACAUUUGCCGAGCAAUCUCGUUUCGAGGAUAGAAAAGCGUGCAAGAUCGGGUCUAUUGAUAGAAAACCGCAUAUCGCCGGAUAAUAAACGCACGGCGCGCUGCCCGGCGAUAUCGCCCCUUCGUCGACGAAUAUUCGGUUCUUCGCUGCGCGCUCGGCGUGUUUCGGCGCGUUUCCGAGAACCCCGAAUGGCUCGUCCGACCAGCUGGUCGAAAUCGUCGCGGGUGAAACGAGGCGAGUAACGGCCGAUAACGGCCGAGCGAUGGCGUCGUGAAAACGUCACUCGCGAACGUCGCGGGUGCGCUCGAGCGUGUCCCGCGUUUCGAUUCGCGUCGCGACUCGAGUCCCCCGGGGUCAUUAAUGAUCGUUCGCCGAGUCAUCGCGGAGUGAGGUGGGCGCGAUGCACCACCGAUUACGAUCCGUCUGAUCGGUCGCGCUUCCCUUCGCGAUAUUUCGUUGCUGGUAAAGUCCUUGUAUUAUUCCAUACCGGCAUGCUACUUCCACACGUGACGUUAAAACGUGCAUAAGAACGUGUCUUCCUUGUUUUUCUGGAACAUCUUCUGGUACAGCAUCAACAAACAUGGAUACUUCCAUAAGAGAAAAAGUUCUCAGCUUUGCUGACGUGUUGAUGAGGGUGCCACCCCUAUUUAUCAUCGACGAAUUACUCAGGAUCGGUCUUGGAUUACCUGGUGACGUACUCGUACUGAACUAUACUGAGAAUGAUUUGGGGACCACCAACGUCAGCUCCAUCUUCUCAGUCGCGACAUACACGACGUACUCGUUCUUGAUGGAACAAUUUAAUUUCGUGUACAUUGCUUACAAGACUUAUUUGCUAAUGACGUUCAAAUUUUUAUGCUGCUGUAUAGGUUACGUGAUAGCCUUGUACACGUUUAUGUUGUGCACCAAACAUUUGAUAAUCGUAUAUCUGUAUCUAAUAUCUGUGGGAGUGAUAUUCGUCUCAUAUUGGUCAAAUGUUAGUACAAUGAAAGCUAUUAUUGCUUAUAUGAGCGUUCAUGAACCUGCGACCAGCAUACUUGACAAUAUAUUACACCUGAAUGUAUCAGACAUUUUGUACAACGGUCCAGGCUUCCUGAUUAUUCAAAAUUACAUACUACAAUGCGUGCUGGCUAGCAUCUUCUGUUACAUUCAUCUUGCCCCAAGGCAUCCUGUAGUUCAAAAGCUCCUUGUACUGAGCUUUAUGUCACCAUCCAUUUUGGGCAUCCAUCCUUUGCCGCUGCAGUAUCUACAUCACGCGCCGGUUUGCGCAACGUUGAUCCCAUUGGCAGUGUGCAAGUUUAUCAUCUGGUACAACAGCAUCUCCAUAUUGAAGACGUUCCACAUGGGCUAUCGGUACGCACGCAAUUUCGUGGGUGAUUACGGGUUCUCCGCUCUUGCAGAGACUGAGUGGAUGCGCCUGAACGUGCCGUGCGUACUUCGUACAUUUUGGAUGCUGCGAAUGGGGGAACAAGUGAUACAGAUCCUCGGAAAUCACUACGACCAUGAUACGUUUAACUACUACGUCAUGAUCAGGACGUUGCUGGUGAAUGGCUGCGAGACUUUGACCGCCGUUCUCGGUAUGACCAGCAUAAUUUCGUUCAUCUGCCACUACAUCGGCUGCUUCUUCCAAUGGGUAUUGCUGACGGAAGACGAGGACGAGAAGAGCAUCGGCACAGUGUCCGCAAUACUGUUCUACAUUCUUGCCCUGCAGACUGGAUUGACGAGUCUCGAUCGGGAGAAGCGUCUAGUACGACUGUGCCGUAACUUCUGCCUGCUGUUCACGGCGAUUCUGCACUUUGUGCACAACAUAGUGAAUCCGCUUCUGAUGUCGCUCAGUGCUUCUCACAAUCCGGCUCUGCACAGACACUUGCGGGCUUUGGCAGUCUGCGCUUUCCUGAUAUUCUUCCCAGUAUCGUUACUUGUAUUCCUGUGGUCUCACUUUACGGUAAGCACGUGGUUACUGGCUGUGUCGGUCUUCAGUAUCGAGGUGAUCGUCAAGGUAUUGGUCUCACUGGCGAUAUACUCGCUGUUCCUGAUCGACGCGUACAGAGGAGCGUUUUGGGAACAAUUCGACGACUGUGUGUACAUCAUAAGAUCAUUCGGCAAUACCGUUGAGUUCGCCUUCGGUAUAAUACUGUUCUUCAACGGUUUCUGGAUACUAGUCUUCGAAUCUGGCGGAGCUAUUCGGGCCGUCAUGAUGUGCAUACACGCUUACUUCAACAUAUGGUGCGAGGCUAGGGCCGGCUGGAGCGUCUUCAUGAAGCGACGGACGGCAGUGAAUAAGAUCAACUCUUUACCGGAAGCGAAAGCUGAACAGCUCGAGAAAUUGGACGACGUGUGCGCUAUUUGUUAUCAAGAGAUGCAGAGCGCCAAGAUCACCCAAUGCAAUCAUUAUUUCCAUAGUGUAUGCUUGCGAAAGUGGCUGUACGUUCAGGAUCGAUGUCCCCUUUGCCACGACAUAUUGUACAAAGUUGAGACCGUACAGAACAAAGACAAUGCUCCCCCAGAUGCUGAUGCAGACGAGGAAGGCCGAAGAAACGUGAUUGAACAUGUUGAGCAUACUCGGCAUAUCGCACAAAAUGCCAGUCGGAGACACUUAGUCGAGCAUCCAGCAAACGAAAACAGGUGAAACGGCAUAACUUUUAUUGUGAUAUAACAUAAACAUUAAAAAUAGACAAAUGUGCAAUUUAAACUUAAAGCACCAACGCUCAGAAUCUCGUUCGAAAAAUUCGCUAUUUAAAAGUCGCUCGGAUUUCAUCAUUUCGAAGUAUCGUAAAUUAUCAUUAACAAUUAUAAUUAUAUGAUAAUUAUGAAUAAUUAUAAUUAUCUAAUAUCUAUGUUAUAAUUAUAUAAUUAUUGAUAAUUAUAAUUAUUAUUAUAACAGAAUCGCAAAUUUUUCGUCCAAUUUCUUGUAAAAUCUUGUAAAUAAAUUAGAGCAAUUAGUUAAAAGAGAAAUAUGGAAGAAUUAUUUUGUAAUAAGUACUUUUCGCCUAUAAUAUAUGUAUACGUGUAUAUAUAUAAACAUGUAUAAGAGAAAUGUUUGAAAUUAUAUCUAUUAUAUAAUUUCAAAUUCUUUGGUUACUUGACUCAAUAGAUAUCUAUCCUUAAAUAUACUUUUAAUUCACCAUUAUGCAAUCGACUAUUGCGUGCAUAAUGUAAGCUUCCUUGUUUAUGGCGUGCUUCCAUUUUUAAUUAUAUAUUGAUGUAAUCAUGCAUGAUUUUCAAAAAUGCAUGAUUACAUUUCAACACUUUACGUCAUAGAAAAUUUAAUUUAAACAGAAAUACAAUAAUGCUUUACUUGUAUUAUAAAAAUAUUCUACGAUACAGUGCGGAAUGUUUUCCAAGCAGUGAUAACAGUUUGUAUUUGUCAUAAGUUUCACUUUAAGCGAUUCAGUAUCAUUAAGUAAGAUUAAAAAGACUGGAUUAAAUUAUUUUUCUGCGAGUUCUUUAAUGAGAUAUAAUAUCUGUCUGCGCGAAAUUCAUUACAAGCUGUCCUGGAAUUUAUUUGUGUCCAUUGCAUAUUAUAAAACAGAUAUUACAGACCGGUCAGGACGAUUUAUAGCGAUAGGAAUAAAGAAGAUCGGAUGCAGCAUCUUCUUUAACAUAUUUUAACGGCCAUAUGCUUAAAACUUUGACAAAUAUAAGGUGCAUCGAAUUAAUAUUCAUUCUGUAUUAUAUUCUCAAGUUUUGCUAUUGUAAAAUUGAUAUAUGUUUUAUGUAUAAUUUUAUUAUAUGUAUAAGUAAUUUGUGAUCAUUAUUUCGAGCGAAUUAUUUGGAUACGAAAUGAUUAUAAUAUUUUAGUGACAUACUAUACUAUGUUAGUGUACUGGCGUAUUCAAAAUAUAUCAUUUUAUUUAUUA